CCAGCUACUGAGUUACUUUCAUUUCUGAAGCUGGUGGGAGCAGCAGAAACAGGCAGCGAUUCCAUUCAGUUACAAAUGCAGUAAAUUAACAACAGACACAAAUGAACAGGACAGAGUCAAACUCCUUGGCUCUGUGUCUCCUGUGCUGAAUGGACGAAACCGCCUCAGCAAAGGGAGUUUUCACAGGAACUCUCCCUAGGGAAUGGCUGUGGAUGCUAGAAAAACUGAGAGCUUCCCAAGGACCCUGAAGCUGCUUGGAAGUGUCCCCACAGGACUCAGCAGACCCAGCUACGAUGACGGGGAAGGUUCCCUUGUUCUCUUGCGGCUCCACAGUGAGCUCAGCUCUGCCCGGCUACGUCGCUCUCUGCCUCACUCUACAGGUUCACAGGCUGGUGUCAGCACAGUUCACAGUGACUGGACCUGACCAUCCAAUCACUGCCUCCCUAGGUGGGGAGGCCGUCCUGCCCUGCCACCUCUCCCCCAGCAUGAGCGCUGAGAACAUGGAGGUGGGAUGGUUACGAUCCCAGGACUCUGAAGUCGUGCACCUGUACCAUGAUGGGCAGGAUCAGUAUGGAGAGCAAAUGCUGGAAUAUAGUGGAAGAACUGAGCUCUUGAGAGACAACAUCACCAAUGGGAGAGUUUCCCUGAGAAUACGCAAUGUCCGACCCUCCGAUGAUGGGCCGUACAAGUGUUUUUUUCAGUCCAGUGUCUUUUAUGAAGACGCUUUAUUGGAACUACAGGUGGCAGGUUUGGGCUCUGAUCCUGUCAUCUCUGUGGAGGGACAUCAGGACGGAGGGAUCCGGGUUGUGUGUCGAUCAUCCGAAUGGAACUCACAGCCCGAGGCUCAGUGGAGAGAUCUCAAGGGGCAGAUCUUACCAUCGGCCUCUGAAAACAUUGCCCAAGAGGCCAAUGGCCUGUUUCAAGCAGAAAUUGCCAUUGUUAUAACAGAAGACUCCAACCAGAAAGUGUCCUGCUCUGUCAGGAAUCCCCGACUCGACCAGGAGAGAGAGACCGCGAUUUCCCUGGCAGAGCUGUUUUUCCCACGAGACAAUCCCUGGAUGUUGGCUCUGGGGGGGAUCCUGCCUCUCCUGGCUGUUCUCACGGCCCUGGCCAGUUACUGCUUCUGGAGGCAACGCAGAGCAAAAGAGACUCUGCAAUCGGAUAAGGAGAGCGAGAAAGAGACCCUGCUGUCUGAAUGGAAGGGAGAGAAAGAGGCUCUGCAAUCUGAGAUGGAGAGACAGAAAGCGGAAUACGAGGCAGCGAAAGAACUGGGACUCACCAGAGCCCAAGGAUACGCAGUGGACGUGACUCUGGAUCCAGACACAGCAAAUCCCUGGCUAGUCCUGUCUGAGGAUCGGAAACAUGUGAGAUGCGGAGACAAACGACAGGAUCUGCCCAACAACCCUGAGAGAUUUGAUGGUUGUGUCUGUGUCCUGGGCACUGAGGGGUUCGCGGGCGGGCGGCGUUACUGGGAGGUGGAGGUGGGAGACAAGACUAGAUGGACUCUGGGGGUUUGUAGGGAAUCUGUGAGCAGGAAGGGGCCGGUCACACUCUCACCUGAGGAUGGAUACUGGGCUGUGCGGCUGAGGUAUGGGGAAUACACGGCCCGCACCUCCCCCCCAACCCCCCUCCCCGUGAGCGUCAGGCCCAGCCGGGUGGGGAUUUUCCUGGACUAUGAGGCGGGCGAGGUCUCGUUUUACAAUGUGACUGACAGGUCCCAUCUCUUCACUUUCACUGGCACCUUCUCCGGGACGCUCCGCCCUUAUUUCAGUCCCUGGUUCAAUGCUGGGGGUACAAACGCGGCUCCCCUGAUCAUCUGCCCGGUCCCAGCUCAGGCCGGAGGGAAUCUCUGUCCCUGACAGUGACCCCGCGGCACAGACUGGCCCCUCCCAGCGCCACUGCUCUGCUCGCCCCCCUGUGGUGGAGGCCGGUUACUGCAGCAACUGGGGUUUUUGUGCUGACCAGACGCUGCCAGUUUCCCUUUUCAGCUGGAGUAGAAAACCGGACACCUGGCAACCCCAGCCCAGGCUGGGUGAAUGGGACCCACUUGCUGGAAGGAACCAGACAGAUUUUCCCCCCUCCCCCUGUGUUUGCUCCAUCCCUGGCACAGGGUGAUGCUGGUAAGAAAUACUGCCAGACAGCUAGUGGGUUUUGCUGCCCUCACCUUUCCCCGUCCGCUGCCAGGUACCAGAUGGUGAUGGACGGGGAUCAUUCACUCCUGUCAGAAUUUUCUACCCCUGUGAAAUCUCAAUGCAAAAUAUGAAAAAAAAGAUUAUUCUAAAUUAGAAAAUGUUAUUGUAAACAAAAACAUUUUCAUUUAUGUUUCAAUAGUACUUCAGAAGCAAGCAUCUAAACAUAUUUUUAGAAAUGGAAUUAUUUACAUUUAUUUUUUUAUUCUUCCCUCAAAUCUAUAUUGAGGUUUAACUUCUCUACAUAGCAUCAUUUGUAUUUCAACUGUGUUACUUCAGGAAAUUCCAAAUAUUUAUCUUAUCAAAAUAAUUAUUAAAAACUGUCAGACUGGGUUGUUCAGUUACAAUGUACAUGUGUCAAAAACAUCAUAACUACACACAUGCAGCUGCUCUCUCUCUCUCCCCCUCUCUUUAUUGUCUUGACUGGUUCUCUCUGGAAGGCAGGGCACGUACACCCACCUCCUGCACAACACCUUUGAAAAUUAAUAGGUGAAAAAAUGAUAGAAUUAAUUAAGCAAUAUAUUUAAAUUAACUCACACAAGAUUAUAAAAUAGUCUUUGAACUUCUGUCAGCAUUAAUUCAUGUGAUUUUUAACUUUCUAGCUACAUAUAAUCGGUAAUCAAAACAUGACCCUUCCUUUCUUGUUCUCACAUCAAUUAACAAAACAUGGUCCCAAACCUCAAAUGCUAUCUUCCUAUAUAUAGAAAUCAUUCUACAAGAUCCUUUUUUUUUUUAGUUUAUUUUUCUUUAGAAAUAUUAUUUGCCACCAGUGUACUGUCAGUGUCCACUGUUGAUUUCAAUGUACUGCUGGGCUCUUCAUGUUCUUGGUUCUAAGGACGCAACAAAUGUAGUUUGGUAAAGAAACAGAGAAGGGGUUGUAUUCCUUUACUGAAUCAUCACAAAUUAACUUAAUUGUAUUAAAGACGCUGGCACUUAAUGGCCCAUAACAUGAAAUUUGGUGAAGCUUUAUUGGGAAACCUUUCUUCUCGGCCAUAAAUCAGUUGAAAGGGUGAUAUUUUUGUUGUCAUGUGACAUUUAGAGCACAAAGAAAAUAAAUGUUAUGCAUCCGAAGAAGUGGGUUCUAGCCCAUGAAAGCUUAUGCUCUAAUAAAUUUGUUAGUCUCUAAGGUGCCACAAGUACUCCUGUUCUUUUUAAAGAAAAUAAAGUUGCUCCUGGAAAUUCAUCACAGUUCCUCUGGGUUCUGUCCACCACCUUCCUGAAUGCUGUGUACAAAUAGUGACUGAUUGAUCUAAUUCCUUGAAAUUAGCAAUUGAACCUCAUUUCUUGAAGCGCUAGCUGAGCAGAGUAUGAGGGAAGGCACGUCGCAUGGUAUUGCUAGGACUCCUUUUUGUUUUAAACGUGAUGCGUUAUGAACAUUUUCAAUGUAAUAAUUCAGUUUUGAAAAUUUAUUCAUGCCCUAAACAUACCUUGAUUAUUUGAAAAUAAAUACCCUAAAAUUA